UAAAGUAUUGCAAUGCCUGGCCGGUUGGGCUGCUGUCAUGUCACAGGAGCUGUGCUGAGCAGAGCAGCUACAGCUCCUCAGGAGAGGAAUUAAACUCGACUACCUGCAGAGGCCCAGGAAGCGAGUCAUAAGAACACAUAGUUAGACUUAAAAAAGGUUGUAAAGGGUGAGAUGGAUUCCAAUGUAACAGAGCCGGAGAGCUUCUGGGAGAUGGACUCGACGUGGACCACCACUGUGCUCCUGGUGCCCUGCGUGGUCCUGCUAACUGCUGGAUUUUUCCACCUCUAUGGUGUAAUCAUGGGACUGUUGUCCAAAAAGUCUGUACGCAACAAGGUGGUGGUUAUAACUGAUGCUUUAUCUGGGCUUGGAAAAGAGUGUGCAGGCGUGUUUCACAAAGGAGGCGCGAGGCUGAUCCUCUGCGGGAAAAACUGGGAGAAACUCGAAGAACUCGCUGAUGAUUUGGCAAAUUCUUCGGAUCCAACAGUGACGUUUCCUCCUAAGUUGGUGCUGCUGGAUUUUGGAGAUACGGACAGCAUGCCUGAGGCAAUCGCAGAGAUCCUGGACUGUUAUGGGUGCCUGGAUAUUAUUAUCUUUAACAGCAGCAUGAAGGUGAAAGCUCCAGCACAGACUGUGUCUCUGGAGGUGGACAAACUGCUGAUGGACAACAACUACUUUGGGCCCGUCACUCUGGCUAAAGGCGUGCUGGCCUCCAUGAUCUCCAGGAGAAGUGGUCACCUGCUGCUGGUUAACAGCAUCCAAGGGAGACUAGCUGUGCCUUUUCGCAGUACCUACGCAGCCUCUAAACACGCUGUUCAGGCCUUCUUUGACUGCCUGAGAGCGGAGGUGGAGGAGUACGGCAUCUCCGUCAGCACCAUCAGCCACAACUUCAUCAGCUGCUCUGCGUCUGGAGCCCCAGCCACCUCCAAAUCCCUGUGGUCGUUGUUGUACACUAAGAAGCCCCUCGGCGUUUCUCCUGAUGAAGCCGCUGCGGAGAUUGUGAAGACUUUAAACAAUAAGAGGAAAGAGGUGGUGAUUGCUCCCUCGCUCCCUAAGAUGGCCAUUUACGCCAGGUCCUUUUUCCCAAAUGUGUUCUUUGCUGUGAUUGGUGCAGGGGUGAAGAACGCCUCCAUCGCCGCUGAGAUGUAGAUACUGCCUCAGCACCGGGAUGAUGGGACACAUGACAUGAGGUUUUUAACAAAUCAGUGGAUGUCAAAGAUUUUUUAAUGAUCAUUUGAUGUUCGUGCGCAUGGCAGUUCCAGAUUUAAUCCACAUCACAUUAUCUGUUGCUGUUGGUUUAAUUGAAUUGUGGGAAAAUCAGCGAUAUGAUUUUCAUGAAUCAUGAGGCUGCCACACAGAGUGGGGGCCAACAGGGGUCCAACAACAAAGGUUUGCCUCUGAGCUCCUAAGUGGGUAAAUCCAGCCUGUGGAUUAGUGUUUUGUCUUAUACUCAGAUUUGUGUGUAAAAUAUUGAUUUUCUUCAUUUUAAUAAACAGAGUUUCCUUAAAACUCAACAAUCAGGAGUUACAGGACUUACAGCACUUACUCAUAUUUAUAAAUGUUCACUUCUUCUUUAGUUUUCAUAGCAUUUCAAUCAGAAAGUUACGUAUUGAAGAGAUUUUGCAUCUGUUGCUGAAUUUAUGGACCUAUUGCUGUAGGUUGUUGUUUUUGUUUUGUUUUGUUUUUUU